UUAACCUUCUAAAAACGAUUUGAAAGAUAUUAAAUGAAUUCUAAAGUAACCGUUCCCUGUUGCAAAUUCAUUUUUGUAAAAAACUCGAGUAUUGGUAAAAAGUUGAUGUUAUUCAAAUAAGUAUUAGUUCUACGUAUUACGUAUUGAUAAAAUAAAUUACAAAUAGAAAAAAGUUCUGAAACAUAACCUUAAAGCAUAAAAAAAUGUAAUUUGAUUAUAAAUAUUUGUAAAUAAUGUCAGGUUUAGGUUUAAUUAGUACUUACAGUUCCGAUUCUGAAGAUGACGAAGUUAUUCAGGAUAACGGUAAUAAAUCCAGCGAAGUUUCUGAGCGUUUACCUUUGCCUGCAAGCAUUACAACAUGGAGAGGUGUUCCACAUCACGAUGAUAUCAAUGAUGAUCCAUUAGAACACGAAGGAAGAGUAAGAAGUUUCAAACAUGAACGUGGUAACUGGGCUACAUUGGUUUACAUUGAUUAUAAACCCAGCGAGACUAUGCUUUCAUGGAUGUUAUCAGUAUUAAAAGAAGUACCAAUUGAAUGUAAUAUAUUUCCUGAGCAAUUCCACAUUAGUGUAACAAGGACUUUAAUUUUAAAAUACCAUUGGAUCGAAUCCUUUGUAGAAGAAAUUAAAAAAUUAUGCAAUAAAACCGACCAAUUUAAUUUAGAACUUUUGAAUAUACGAGCAUAUCUUAACGAAGACAAAACACGUACAUUUCUUGGGAUAGAAUGUGUAGAUUACAAAAAUAUCCUUGCACAUUUCAUAAAGGACCUUAAUCAGUUUCUUGCAGAGUAUGAAUUACCAGGCUUUUAUGAAGACUCAUCCUACCAUAUUAGUUUUGCGUGGUGUCUUGGUGAUGAAAUAGCAAGGUUAAAUGAUCUUAUACCUUCCUUGACCAUCAAGUUAAAUCAAUUUUUAGCUGAUCACACAGAAGACAGAAGUAUAAAUGUUAAUAAAAUACACCUCAAAAUUUCAAACAAGUUAUAUGUAUUCAAAUUAAGGCAAUAAAGAACAUAUCUUGUUAUAUAUUAAAUGUUACUUUUUUUUUGCAUUUGGAUUUGUUAUGGGAU